AUGGUGAGGAGGACGGUGGACCUCAGGUCUGACACGGUGACGAAGCCCAGCGAGGCGAUGAGGGGGGCCAUGGCCGGUGCAGAGGUUGACGACGACGUCCUAGGUUCCGACCCCACAGCGCGGCGGCUAGAGGAGGAGAUGGCGAGGAUGACGGGAAAGGAGGCCGCUCUCUUCGUCCCCUCCGGCACCAUGGGAAACCUCAUCUCGGUGCUCGUCCACUGCGAGGUUCGGGGGAGCGAGGCCAUCCUCGGGGACAACUCCCACAUACACGUCUACGAGAACGGGGGAAUCUCCACCAUCGGCGGCGUGCAUGCGAAGACGGUGAAGAACAACCCCGAUGGAACGAUGGACCUGGCCCUGAUUAGGGCCGCCAUUAGGCACCCGGAUGAGGAGCUCUACUACCCGACAACCAGGCUCAUCUGCUUGGAGAACACGCAUGCCAAGUGAGCACCACUUCGUCCCCUCCUGGUUUAUUCUCUCCAGGCGCCUUCCGCUCUUCAGUGCUCCUGUUGCAACAGCUGAAGUCGAGCUCAUUCGGCCGCUGUUUUCUCCAUCUCCUUCGGAUUUCGAUCCUUUUUCCUGCAUCGUUCCCUAGCCUUCCUCCAUCGAUUUCGUCCUCUUCGGUUUUCCGAGCUCCCCGUGAAGGCUGUCUGGCCGCCGGCUUCUGAGAGACCCAGCUCGGCCGCGGAUUUCAACACCCUAGACCUCGCCCAUCUCUCUCUCUCUCGCUCUCUAUCUCUCUCUUCAUAUAUAAUAUAUAUAAGGACAGAUAUAUAAGACAGGAAAUAUUUCAGCCUUCCCCAGGUUUUUAAAUGUCGAAUUCCUAUCGCAGACUCUUACCCAGAUAGUCUUAGAUAGAUAUAUAUAUAUAUAUAUAUAUAAUAAUAUAUAUAUAUAUAUAUAUAUAGAAAGAGAGAGAGAGAGAGCGAGAGCGAGAGAGAGAGAGAGAGAUUUACGAGGUGAGCUCCAAGACGUUGUCUGCAUCGCAUUUUUUAUUUUUCUCUGCUUCGAUGGGAUGAAGAAAAUGUCCGCCCGCUUAUCGAUGAAACAAUGCUUGGAGCAUUCCACCGAGCGUUUCAUUCAACCCAGAGGACAUGAAUGUGAUGUGGCCCUCCCCUGGUUUCGUCUUCUUCUUAUCCCCUUGGAAUCUGAAAUGUAGGGGUUCUUCUUCCUCGUCGUUCUCUCAGAAAUCUUCUUACUCGGCUUACCGGCAUGUUGCGAACGGUUCCUAUAUUAAGAAAGUGCUCUGGUGCUCCGCUCUCCUCCUUGUCCUGGUUCUUGACGCCAUUGCAGCUCGGGAGGGAGAUGUCUCAGCGCAGAGUACACAGACAAGGUGGGGGCAAUCGCCAAGGAGCAUGGUCUGAAGUUCCAUAUCGACGGCGCCCGCAUCUUCAACGCUUCUGCAGUAAGUCUCCCAUUGCCGGCAGUAUACUCCACUCUCUCUCUCCCGCUCUCUCUCUCUCAUCUAAAGUCAUCUGUGGCGGCGAGUGCUUCUUUCCGAUUUCAAGCCUUGAUCUUAUAAAAUGGUUGCCGUAUCAAACUGCAGGCGCUGGGAGUCCCCGUCCACAGGCUCGUCCAAGCUGCUGAUUCUGUCUCUGUAUGCUCUCCUGAUCACUGUGCUUCGCCCAAAGUCUCUGCCGAGAACCACCGUUGACUUUCGAUAUCAUGUUAAAGUCAAUUCAUUCUAUUUAAAGUGAAUGAAAGAUUCCUCUUCAUGAAUCCCGAUAUAUUCUUGAUGAAUUACCCGAUGCCCAGAUUUUGACCAAAAGGUGGCUGGUUCUUGCUGUUCGAACCAGGUCUGCUUGUCCAAAGGCCUGGGCGCCCCAGUUGGGUCAGUCAUCGCCGGCUCCAAAAGCUUCAUCUCCAAGGUAAAUCAAUAAAUAAGUCAUGGUAUCUUGGAAAGGAAAAUUAUUUCUAUAAGUGGGAAUUUAUAUGCCGCGUUGACCACAGGCCAGAAGGCUCAGGAAGACCCUGGGCGGGGGAAUGAGGCAGGUGGGGGUCCUCUGCGCUGCGGCUCUUGUGGGGCUCAGAGACCACGCCGGCAGGCUCGAAGAUGACCACAGAAGAGCCAAGCUAUUCGCAGGUUUUAUCUUGAUCACAUCCGACGGCUGGCGACUAAUCGAGGAUUUCUGAUCGUUUGCUGUCAUCUCCGAAUCUCUCUCUCAACAGAGGGCCUGAGUCAGGUCAAAGGGUUGAAGAUCGACGUGGCCUCGGUGGAGACGAACAUGGUGGGGGAACCUACCACCCAUGGCGCCGACGUGUUUCUCAAUUACUACGUUUUUUUUAAAAUAAAAAAAGAAAAGAGAUGAAGAAAUCUCAUUCCAUAUAUUCUUCUUGCAGAUAUUUUUCGAUAUUAUGGAGGGCUUGCAAAUGUCGCCUGAAAACCUGUGCGAGGUCCUGGAAGAACAUGGGGUUCUUGCUAUGCCUGCAAGCGCGACCAGGUGCGCUCGCUCUCGGAUCUUUCUUUCAGAUUUUUCUCUCAAAUUCUCUGGGAAAGCGACACUCUUACCGUGGUGUAGAUCAUCGCCUUAGCAGUAUUUCUAUAAUGAUCCAUAUUAGAGGAUCGAUUUUCCAUGGAUAGUCCCGGCGGAGUCAACGGGCCUCGAAACCAGGCUAUAAAAGGAAAAAAGAGACGGGCCCGUUGACUCAUUUUACUGAAAAUAGUAGUUGAACUCUGACAAGUUCUUAUCCGUUCAGUGUCCGGCUUGUUCUUCAUCACCAAAUAUCCGAGAGCGAUGUGCACUAUUCAUUGGCGAGCAUCAAGGUGACCAGAUGACUAAAAGCUUAGCUUUCCUCAAACACAGCCAUGGUUGACCUUCCCUCACCCUCUUGUUCUCCCACGUGGGCGCAGAAAGUAAUCAACCAGCUGCCCGGGGGCGCCGACGAAUGAGAGCUUUCCUGCUGACGGCCGGAGAUCCAUAGCCAAGGCUUCCCAAUCUACCUUUCACUGUGAAAUUGUCCAUCCGCGUUUACUUUUAGCUAGCAAUGCUACGUUUGCGGACUACAUCAAGACACUGAAUCAAAUAAUAUGGCCUACGAAGCCUUAUGAGAAAGAAAGAGUGUGUCUGUGUAUGUGUGUGUGUGUGUGUGUGUGUGUGUGUGAGAGAGAGAGAGAGAGAGAGAGAGAGAGAGAGAGAGAUUGAGUGAAACUGUGAGGUCAAGGACCAGCAAAUUGUGGGCAUCUCCCACAGAAAGAGGAUUUACUCAGAAAAAAGCUGGGUCUUUGUAUCUCUUGAAGAUGCCUUCGAUGCCCUCACGAACCUCGGGUGGAAGCGGGCGUGGGGACGAGAGAAAGGCAUCGAUGUCUUCCUUGAGCUGGCCAACAGAGGUGGCGCCGAUGAUAGAGCUGGCCACGUGCGGGCUGUCUCGGGUAAAGCCGAGGGCUAG